AUGACUGAAGGAGAACUAGGAAGUUCUGCUACUCGCCAUCAUCGUCACAAGACAAAUCAACAUUCACGCCUAAGAACAACUUCACCUAAUGAUGAUCUGGUAGCUGCUGCUGCUGCUGCUACUACUACUACUACAACAACUACAACUUUUACUUAUAUCUAUCCACAACAACCUUUUUCAGUUCAAUAUUAUCAAUCACCUACUGAUCAUCACUAUGGGAACAGUUAUCCAGGAUCGUCUAUUUUACAUUCUCAUCAUCUUCUUCAUUACCCACAUCCUUCAAGUCCCCCUUUUAGUCCUACCUUACUUCUUUCAUCAGCAAACAAUCCUGCGUUUGUUUUAUCACCUCCUUUACUUCCACAGCAAAAUACCAUAGAUAAGAAUUAUGACUUAUUAGAUACUCAUUCACAAAAUGUUUAUGUACGUGGAUUAUCAUCAAAGGAAACUGAUGAAACAUUCUACAAUUUGUGUAAAAAUUAUGGUUCAAUUAGCUCCUCAAAAGCUAUCCUUGAUCAAAAGACAGGUAAAUGUAAAGGAUAUGGAUUUGUAAUGUAUGAAAAUCCAAAACAUUGUCAACAAGCCAUUCAAGGUUUAAAUACAUUAGGAUACCAAGCUUCUUUAGCUCGUAUAGGACAAGAAUCAUUUAGUUCUCGUUUAAAAAGUCUCCAAGAUGAAACAUCGACGAAUAUUUAUAUCUCUAAUUUGCCUUUCAAUAUGAAUGAACAAGAUCUAGAGGAAUUAUUUAAACCAUAUCCAGUUUUAUCCAAUCGUAUAUUACGUGACCAGAAUACUGGUUUAAGUAGAGGUGUUGGAUUUGCAAGAUUAGUGAAUCGGCCUUCUGCUAUGGCAAUUAUUGAAAAAUUUAAUGGAUAUUCAAUUUCAGGCUCAUCAUUAGCUCCAUUACAGGUUCGUUUUGCAGAUUCACCUGCACAGAAGAAGUUAAAACAUCAAACAACUACAAACAAAAAGAGCCCAGCUAAUCUUAUUAUAAGACCUGUUAUGCCUGUUACUCCAGAGACAAUAUUGGGCAUUGCUCCACCAUACUCUUCAAUUUAUCAUAGAUAA